GAUUGCAUUGCGGCCUGCAGCAGCGGAUCACGGGACCCCUGAUCAUCGGCACCUCAAACAAAAACCAGUGCAGCAAAAAGCCAUUGCGCACUAAAACCUCCUCUCCUACUCUCUUAGUGAAAACCCUAACUGUUUCUCUUUUUGGACGCGGAUACAUUCCUUGCUUCCUUUUUCUGAUUUUAAUUCUUUUUUUAGGCAGAAUCAGCUGAAUUAUUCUUGCUCAAAUGGACAACAAUAAGCUUGGGGAACAGGACUUUUUGGUGGCCUCAAUCUCGCAGCUCUCGAUUUCCGGAAGCGCCUCGCCGCCGGUGGUGGCGCGGUUCCGUUCCGACUCGCUUGUAUUCACCUACGAGUCCGAUUCCGACGACGUGGUUCAGUUCGAUCGCAGCAACUGCCAGCUUUACAAGCUUGGUCCGGCGCAGUCAUUAUGUAUGACUGAAGCUUCCGAUACAAGUAAAGAGAAAAGCUAUUCCAGGGGCAUCACCAUAGAGUUUAGAAAUGAGGAGGAAAGCAGGGCCUUCCAUUGUGCAUUUGAGCAAUGGAAGAAGGAAGUGGCUAUUCAAGGGUCAUGUUUGCCAAAUGAAAUGGCAUCAUCAUCUGCAAGCAAGUUUGAUGACAAAAUAGAGGAAUCUUCUGCCAAAAUGUACUUCCAUUACUAUGGACAGCUUCUUCAUCAACAAAAUAUGAUGCAAGACUAUGUGAGGACAGGAACUUAUUAUGCUGCAGUUCUUGAAAACCGCACUGAUUUCACUGAUCGUGUAGUAGUUGAUGUUGGGGCUGGUAGUGGCAUCUUGUCUUUAUUUGCUGCUCAGGCUGGUGCAAAGCAUGUUUAUGCUGUAGAAGCAUCAGAUAUGGCAGAUUAUGCUCGCAAACUCAUAUCUGGAAAUCCUUCACUCAGUGAAAGAAUAACAGUAAUUAAGGGCAAAGUUGAAGAGGUUGAACUACCCGAGAAAGCAGAUAUUUUGAUAUCUGAACCCAUGGGCACGUUGCUAAUAAAUGAGAGGAUGCUAGAAUCAUACAUAAUUGCAAGAGAUAGGUUCCUUGUUCCAAAAGGGAAAAUGUUUCCAACAAUUGGAAGAAUACAUAUGGCACCAUUUAGUGAUGAGUACUUAUACAUAGAAAUUGCAAAUAAGGCGUUGUUCUGGCAACAACAAAAUUAUUAUAGUGUUAAUUUGACGCCUUUACAUGGAACUGCCUUUCAAGGAUACUUCUCACAGCCAGUUGUGGACGCUUUUGAUCCUAGGUUAUUGGUGGCUCCUGCAAUCUCACAUGUGAUAGAUUUCACCUCUGCUAAGGAGGAAGAUUUGUAUGAAUUUGACAUUCCAUUGAGGUUUGUAUCUUCAACCGGCACCAGAGUGCAUGGAUUGGCCUGUUGGUUUGACGUAUUAUUUGGCGGGAGCACUGUACAAAGGUGGCUAACCACUGCUCCAGGCGCCCCUGUAACGCACUGGUACCAGCUUCGUUGUGUUCUGGCCCAACCUAUAUAUGUGAUGCCUGGCCAAGAGAUAACAGGCCGACUCCAUAUGGUAGCCCAUAAAGCUCAGAGCUAUACCCUUAACCUAACAUUGUCUGCUAAAAUGUGGGGGCCUGGUGCUGAACAAGGAGGAAUACUCCAGACAUCAUCCGGAAAACUUGAUCUUAAAGAGCCUUAUUAUCGGAUGUCUCAACCUCAGGCGUACCCAAUGUCCCAAGACCAACAACCAAAUCAAUUACUACAAACGCAGGAUUUACAAAUACAAUCGCAUGAUGAAGAGGGCUCGGAUCUAUUGCAACAACCUGUGUGAUCUUACGUAUUAUUGUAAACCCGUAUAGCCUUAGCAUGUAUGAGAUCCCAAUAACUUAUCUUGUAAUUGUUCGAGCUUGCUUUCUCUAUCAGUAGUUCACAUGGAUUUACUAAUUUGUAUCCCAUCCCAUCGCCUUUAGAAAUAAUGGCUUGUAUCAAGUUGGCAAAUUUUGAGCAUCUAUAAUUUUUGUAGCACUUGGUAUGUUUAUCGGAUUUAACGUGCGUUCGUUAGAAAUUAUAAGAUUUUUCUUUUUAA